AAAUCUACAUUUAUUUAUCACUGUAAAGUUAGACCGACAGAGAAAACAUUGUGUUUUUUUCCCUUAUCUUUUCUAAAACUGAUUGGAAAAGAAAUAUUUAUUCAAUAAUGGAUUUGGCAUCAUUAUAUAAUAAAAUGGCGGCAGGAGGUGACGAUUCAGACGCGGCUAAGCGGAACCUGGUGGUUGACGAAGCCGCAUUUGAGGAGCAAUUUUUAAGAUGUCAUAUCUGCCGAGAAAAAUAUGAUCAAACAGAGAAAGCACCAAAGUCAUUGCCUUGUAACCAUACUUUCUGCCUCCCUUGCCUAAAACAGGUCUUUGACCACAAUCCACAGAACGGUAGGCGCGCAUAUACAUUUGCAGACGACACAUAUGAAGGUGUUCUAAAAUGUCCAACUUGCCGAGUAGAAAUCUACCUCAGCCGGACUGAGAUAAGUGCUUUGCCGAACGACCACAGGGUCAUUCAAAUGAUGGACUUUUUGUCACAGGUUGUAGUCAAAUCACAAAACGUGUGCACUAAGCACGAACGUCAGCCGUUAAAUUUCUUCUGCAAGUCGUGCACUGUACCAGUCUGUCGAGACUGUACCGUUCUAGAUCACAAAGAAGGUGACCACGAAAUCGUCGAUGUCUCAAAGGCGCUUAAUGAAAAUGCAGAGGAAUUUAAUAACGUUGAAAACAGAAGUAAGCAACUGCUUAAAGGCAUGAAAACUCGGUCUGAUGCACUGGCUAAUGCAUCUAAACAACUGGACCUUCUGGAAAGGCAGCUUCGAAGUAAAAUCAAAGACACCUUCAUUGAGUAUCGUCUGCUUCUAGAACGAAGACAAGAAGGUCAGAUCGCUAUAUUACAUGAUAUGAUAAAGAAACAGAAAGCGUUAAUAAAUGCAAAAUUUGUUGAUGUUUGUACACAAGGUUCUCAACUUCAGAAACUUCACGACUCGUUUACAAAAGCACGUCCCUCUAACGACAUUACACAGCUAUUUACUGUUCACAAUGAAAUGAAGGAACACGAUGAAGAGUUUGCUCGUCAAGCCGAAGCAAACGACGAUGAAUUGUUUGUAGGAUGCGAUUUUGAAGUUACAAAUGAACCGAUGUUUCUAUCGGAAAUGAGUUGUGUUGGCGAGCUUGUACAGAAACCCGACAUGAAUUUGAAAAAUCCAAUCCCAGCACAUACACUGCGGUUUUUAGAAAAGGAAGAUAGGGACAGGGAGAGAAGGAUUAACGAAAUACAAGGACCUGACCCUAACGACUGUGACGAUAUUAUGGUCACUCAUGUAGAAGAGCCAAGUGUAACUGCCGGACGUCAUGGUUCGUCAUCGAUAUCAAGAGAACGUGAGAGAGAGCGUUUGGCGGAAAGAGCUAUGCAAAGAGCCGCGAGGCUCAGAGCACGUGAUAUAAUUCAGCGGGAAUCUAAUUAUGAACCAGAACGGGAUGAUGACGAAACAGAAGAGAUGGAACACGAUUCAAGCGAGAUGAUCACUUCGUCCUACUUGUUGAGAAUUGCUUCAAGAUUAAACGCAAGUUCUGCGAAUUUGUCUGAAGCCAUUCUAGAUUUGUCAACAGACCGAGAAAAUACACGGUCACCGGAAGCUGAUACACCUAGCUCGACAUCAUCCGGAAUCGGAAGUAGUAGCAGACGUUCGGGUCCAUCCCCACCAAGGUCGCGCAGAUCGAAUCAGAAUGUGCGAGUUGUAAGGCAUCCUCAGGCGCACCGCGCAACACCGGACCGAAGUGACCGGUACAUUACAACACGUUACGACAGACCAAGUGGAAACUCAGAUCAACAGUAA